AUGAUUACACCACUGAUUCAGUCCUCAAAGCUAAUGGGAGAGAAAAUAGGCAUUGAGCCAAUCCUUCAGGAGUCUCGAAAUAAAAAAAAAAAAAAGAAAACGCCUGAGGAGAAAGCAAGUGAUGAAUCUCAUUCUUUUGAUUCCACCACGCAGUUAAGAGUUAGAUUGUUGCAGGUUCUUGAUACAAUCAUCACGCAAAUGGAAGGAAGACUUGUGGCUUUAAAAGAGGUAGCAUAUGAUUUUGGAUUCCUAAACGGGGUUUCUAUCAAAACAACUACUUUGGAUGAAUUAAAAAAUCAAGCCACAGAUCUUGCACUUAAGUAUCCUGCUGACUUAAAUGCUUACGAAUUUACAUCAGAAAUAGAAAGCUUCAAAUGCCAAGAUGGCCUUGAGAAUAUUCCUAAGCAUCCCAGUGAUAACUGCUACGUGCAAACGUUCGUUCAGCAAACUUAG